AUCCAAUUGGCGUUUCUUUCAUCAGAAUCUCUUUCUGGUAUUCACAGUCGCCGCGCCGGCUGUAUGAGAAACGCCCAGACCUGCCAGAGCCAGCACUCAACGUUCUCUGUCAGCUCCAAAGUGGUAUACCAGGAUCCGAGCACGUCGACCAAGAGUUUCACGAGCUAGGUGACCGGAAAGGUUGAGGCUAUGACAUUCUCACACCGGGAGAUGGAGGAGGAUGGGUCUAAUCACGGCGGGUCUGAAACAGGUGUCGGCUUGGAUGGUAAGGUGUAGAAGUGGCUCAGCUGUUCAACCACUAGUGUUAUGUGGUGAUGCGAGGCAACGAGGUGGACGGCAAUGCGUCUCAUGUAGCCCACUAACAUCCGUAACGGGAGUGAAGGUGGCAUAGACACAGAUUUUGGUAGGGGAAUAUAUGCUUAAUAGAUUGGAUUGGAU